AUGCGGGAAGAGAUUCUGUCGAAUACAUGGUUCUCGUAGCUGUUGUAUUUGACAAUAAUCUAGAGUUUAGAUUGAAGUAAAAGAGAAAAUGGAAAUCUACGACAACCAAUUGGCAACGUGAGAGAAUAAGAAUUUGAUGGCAGCGCUGGAGUUAUCGUUUCAAAACUGAUUGUCCAAUUCUCGAUGGAUUGCAAGUAUGUCAUGGAAUCCCAUCCUAUAAAGUGCGACGCUUGGCACAUUGGAGAUUCAAACCAUCAAAUACGUUUCUCCCAAGAAGCUUUAAGCUUGAUUUCUUGCAACUCAAAUUCUGUCCUCCCAAGUGAAACAACGGAAGCAUUGGCUUAACAAAAUGAAGAGUGUUUAUGCCAGAGUUAAUGAAGAAAAAGCAGAAAAUUCGAAACGCAUAGGCGUGGUAGUUGCUCUGACGUCAAUUCUCGUUGUGGCCGCACUCGUGUUUGUGGCCGUCAGUGCUUCUGUGGGCUCAAACGACGACGCUCAUCAUCAUCAUCAUGCUUGGAGAAGGGUCUCCAAAGUGGCGAACUCGGUGUGUAGCAAAACCCGUUAUCCCGAGCGAUGUAUCUCGUCCAUGGCUUCCUAUCCUGCUUAUCAGACUGCCAAACUUCACGAUCUCACUAACUUCGCUUUCCAAGUGAGCUUGCAAAGGGCUCAGAAAGCCCACGACUUCGCUCUGAGUCUCCAAAACAAUGUGAUGGAUAAAAGAGAGCGCGCGGCGUGGCACGAUUCUUUGGAGCUCUUCGAAGAUACCAUCGAUCGUCUCAACGUCUGCUCGAACAACGCUUCCUUACACACAGACUCCCCUAUUUGGCUGAGUGCAGCUCUGAAAAACCAGGAAACCUGCUUGAACGGAUUUCGUGAUCUCAAUUUGAGUGCAAGAAAUCCCAUCAGGUCUCUCCUGUCGUCCAGACCUGUGAAUUUGUCAGAACUAAUGAGCAACUCGCUUUCCAUGUUCAAGCUGCCCACUUUGCCCACGAAGACAAUUAAUAAACGCCGCCUGCUAUCUGUAAAUAACGGAGAUUUCCAUUCCCACCAUGGCAGUGAGAAUAAAGAUGGAUUUCCCGAGUGGCUAUAAGCGGGAGAUCGCAAGCUAUUGCAGGCGUCAAGCCCGGCCAGCCAAGCGAAUGCAGUGAUAGCCCAAGGCGGUUGCGGCAAUUACCGAGCAAUCGCGGAAGCAAUCAACGCUGUGCCUGCGCAGAGCAGCAAGAGAUAUAUUUACAUUAAGGCGGGAACUUACAAGGAGAACAUCGACAUAUCGAACAAUAUAACUAAUUUGAUGUUGGUGGGAGACGGCAAUGAUAAAACCGUGGUGACUGGAAGCAAGAGCGUCCAAGACGGCGUCAUUACCUUCAAAACUGCAACCAGGAGAAAGUUUAGAAUUCAGCCAAAUGAAUUUUGUGAUUUAUUUUUUAUUUGUGUGUUGGUGUGUGCACUUGCAGCUGUUUCUGGCAACAGAUUCGUGGCCAGAGAUAUGACGUUCGUGAACACGGCAGGGGCGGAGAAGCACCAGGCUGUGGCACUUCGAGUGGGCUCUGACAAGUCGGCCGUGUACAGGUGCAGCAUUAAAGGCUACGGAAUUUCAGUCCAGAAUUGCGUAGUGUCCGCGUCUUCUGAUCUCGAAGCUGUGAAAGGGUCCCUUAAGACAUACCUGGGGAGGCCGUGGAUGGAAUACUCUCGCACUGUGAUCACGAGUGCGACUGAAGCCGCCAAGUUCACAGUUGCUCAAUUCAUCUAUGGGACUUCGUGGAUUCCAGCUACAGGAGUCGCUUAUACUUCGGGCUUGUAA